AUGCGGAGAACAAGAUCUUUACAACACAUUUCUUCAGCCUUACAGACAUAUCCUCCCUCGGGAUCAGCAUUUGGAAGUGAUGCCGAGAAUGGAGUAUUGAAAUCAUGGAAAUUGCUCCGAAAUGAAUACCUGGACUCAUCUGAGUCAAGUGAAACAAACCUUCAAGAAGAAAAUAGUGAUGAAAGUAAUAUUAUAUCCCUGCAAAAAUUACAGGAUGUGCCUUGUCAACUUCUUGACCAGUUGAAAGAUGAACUUAAUAAUUAUUCAGAAAAAGAAUUACCGCUGAAUGAAGAUCUUAGAAAUACUUUCGUUGAAAUCUUUGGAUAG